ACUCUUUUUAAAGUGGUGUAGGCCAAAGGAAACAUAGAAGAAAAGGAAAAAAUUGGAAGAGAGCUCAUCAAAAUUUCACUUUCUUUUUCUGGUUUCCUCACUCUCUCUCUCUCACAGUUUUCUUUUCUUUUUGGUUAAUUCCUUUUCUUUUCUUUUUUUUUCUCUCUUCCUUUCUGCCGAUUAAACAAUGAAAAUGGCAGAUUACCAAUCAUCCUUUCCCCUCUAAAGGAAACACCCAUCAUUGCUCCCAACAAUCCUUUUCAACCUUAGAAACCUGAGCUUCUAAGAUAUUCCCUCCUUCCAUUCAUUCCUUUUCCUCCCUUCUCCCAAUUUAAACUUCACUCUCUUUAUAACCUUUUCCUCUCCCCACCCUCUCUCAACUCUUAACCAUCCUUUCCCUUCCCUUCCCUUUCCUUCCUUUCUUCUCUUCUCCUCUCCUUAGUUAAUUUCCUUCUCUCCCUCUUUACCUAUGAUGGAUCCUUCUUCCACCAACUCUGUCAAUGGCUAUUACACUUUCCUAACCCGAGGGAUCGAUGAUCUCGAACGCCUCUUCCUCUCCAACAACUUCAUGUCAAUCCAAUUCCUCCAAAGGGUACUUUCCCUUCUUCGAUCCUUCCACACCCAAUUGACCCUUCUUGUCCAAAAGCUUCACUUGCCAAUGGGUGAGAAAUGGCUGGAUGAGUACAUGGACGAGAGCUCCAAGCUCUGGGAAGUCUGCCACGUCCUCAAGUCCGGCAUCUCCGGGAUGGAGAAUUACUACUCCGCAGGCUUCAACAUCACUUCCUCUCUCGACGCCCAUCGCCAUCUAAGUCCUCAGCUCUCUCGCCAGGUGAUUCGGGCGAUUUCAGGGUGCCGGAGGGAGGCGGUGGGAUUGGAGGAAGAGAACAGGGGAUUGAUGGAGACGAGAAUUGAGCCGCUCUCGCUGCGUUUUGAUGAGAAGGUGUCCAUUGAAUCGAAGCUGAAUGGAUUCAAUGGUUUCAGGGGAGUUCUGUAUGCAAUGAGAAAUGUGAGCUCACUGCUGCUCAUGAUCUUGCUAUAUGGAUUGGUCUACUGUUGGCCUGAAUCGGGAGGUGGUUUUGUUCAGGGGGGAUGCGAAGGGUGUCUGUUUUUCGGAUCGGCUUUCAUGAUCUCGACGGCGAGGUUGCAGCAGAGGGUGGCGGCGGAGAUCAACCAGAUCAACGGGAGGCCGGGAAUUCUGCUGUACGAGUUCCGGAGAUCGAAGACGGCCAUGGAGGAGCUGAGGGGGGAAUUGGAGAAGAGGUGUUCACAGGGAGUGGUGGAGUGGGAGACAGAGGUUGGGAUAAGGGAGAGAGUGGAGAACUUGAAGGGCUGUUUUGGGAUAUUGAGAUCUGGUGUUGAGAACAUUAUUGGUCAGCUUGAUGAUUUCUUUGAUGAAAUUGUUGAAGGGAGGAAGAAGCUUUUGGACUUUUGCAGUCACAGGUAGAGGGGACCUAAAGAUAGCGUGGUUGAAAAAAAAAAAAGAAAAAUAUAUAUAUAAUAUCUACAUAUAUAUAAUAUAUUAUAUAUAUAAGUAGAAGAACCAGUUGUUGGGGUGGUUGUACUUUUUCUUUUUUUUUUGCCCUUUAUUUUUCCUUUCUCUCUAUUCCUCCUAUGGUUUCUUUGUUUUUCACAGCUACUAUAUAGUUGAGGCACUGAAGAAAUAUGUUUCCUUUUUAAGAAUCCAAAGAGGAGAGAACUCUCAAGAGAAUGUAAAAAUCUGGUUUUCAGAUAAACAAAACAUGGACCAGUA